AAUGGGAGCGGGGGUAGGAUGGGGCGAUGGGGCGCUCGCCAUCUUAGGCGGCCAGUGUCGGCGAGUCCGUGUUGGAGGAGGGAGCAGAGAUAGCGAUAGAGAUAGACCCGGGGGAUCAGUCGGCACCUUCGCUUCAAGUCGGGGUUAAAAUAACAAAAAAGAAAAAUGUUGUCCAGGUUGUUUCGUAUGCAUGGACUUUUUGUUGCCUCCCAUCCUUGGGAGGUGAUAGUAGGAACAGUUACAAUCACCAUCUGCAUGAUGUCGAUGAAUAUGUUUACUGGUAAUAAUCAGAUUUGUGGGUGGAAUUUUGAAUGUCCAAAGAUCGAGGAGGAGAUAUUAAGCAGUGAUAUCAUAAUCCUGACUAUAACUCGCUGCUUUGCAAUCUUGUAUAUAUACUUCCAGUUCCAGAAUCUACGGCAGCUUGGUUCUAAGUAUAUGCUAGGUAUUGCUGGUCUUUUCACCAUCUUCUCCAGCUUUGUAUUUAGCACUGUUGUAAUUCACUUUUUGGAUAAAGAACUUACUGGUCUCAAUGAGGCUUUGCCUUUCUUCUUGCUAUUGAUUGAUCUGUCAAAAGCCAGUGCUUUGGCCAAAUUUGCACUGAGCUCCAACUGCCAGGAUGAAGUAAGGGAAAACAUUGCACGUGGAAUGGCUAUUCUUGGUCCUACCUUCACGCUCGAUGCUCUUGUGGAAUGUCUUGUGAUAGGUGUUGGUACUAUGUCUGGUGUACGUCAGCUGGAAAUCAUGUGCUGCUUUGGCUGCAUGUCAGUAUUGGCAAACUACUUCGUCUUCAUGACAUUCUUCCCAGCUUGUGUCUCCCUGGUAUUGGAGGUAACGAGAAAGUCGAGAGAGGGCCGUCCAAUAUGGCAGCUUGGGCAUUUUGCUCGGGUUUUGGAGGAAGAGGAAGAUAACAAACCAAAUCCCGUAACGCAGAGGGUGAAAGUCAUCAUGUCUCUAGGAUUGGUUCUGGUUCACGCUCAUAGUCGCUGGAUAGCUGAGCCAGCUUCCGAGGGCAGCACCUUAGAAACACCCAAGUCAGCAUCAGGGCUGGAUGAAAGUAUGCCGAGACGAAUCGAUCCAGAAGUACCACUGUGGCAGUUUUACCUUUCCAGGAUGGUCAGUAUGGAUAUUGAACAAGUAAUCACCCUUGGCUUGGCGCUCUUCCUCGCCAUCAAAUACAUCUUCUUUGAACAGACUGAGACGGAAUCUACUCUCUCACUGAAGAAUCCUAUGUCGUCAUCUUUGGUGCACACAAAGAAUAUUGAUUGUUGCAGGAAUAAUAUUGGAACUGCCAGAUUACAAUCAAAUGGUCCAGUUGGUGAUGAAUUCACCAGUAAAGAAAAUACAGAUGAAGUCAUUAAGCCGAUUGAGUCUUCCUUCCCUCAUUCAAUCAAUCAUAUAUCAAAACCAAAUUUUAUGUUGGGAGACUUCACUCCUCCUAGCUCUUCAUCUUCAGGAACACCAGAAGAGCUAGAUACUGAGCUUUUGUUAGACCCAAGACCAAUUGAAGAAUGUUUGUCCAUACUUAAAAAUACUGAGAAAGGACCAAAAUCCCUUACUGAUGCUGAGAUAAUUCUCCUGGUGAAUGCCAAAUAUAUUCCAGCAUAUAAACUGGAGAACAUGAUGGAAACUCCAGAGCGAGGUGUAUUCAUCCGUCGCCAACUGCUUGCUCCAAAGCUCCCGGAGCCCACUGCACUGCACCUCCUUCCCUUCAGGGGCUAUGAUUAUUCGUUGGUCAUAGGAAGUUGCUGUGAGAAUGUCAUAGGCUAUGUGCCUGUUCCUGUUGGAGUUGCAGGACCACUUUGUUUGAAUGGGAAAGAGUUCCAAGUGCCCAUGGCAACCACUGAAGGCUGUCUGGUGGCAAGCACUAACCGAGGUUGCAGAGCAAUUAGUCUUGGCGGCGGAGCACGGAGUUGUGUGCUGGCAGAUGGAAUGACAAGAGGACCAGUUGUGAGACUUCCAACUGCCUGCGAAGCUGCGGAGGUGAAAGCGUGGUUGGAGAGCUCUGAUGGCUUCCAAAUUAUGAAGGAGAUGUUUGAUAGUACGAGCAGGUUUGCCAGGCUUCAGAAGUUGCAGAUUGCUCUCGCUGGUCGUAACCUCUACAUCCGCUUUCAAUCUAAAACUGGAGAUGCCAUGGGCAUGAACAUGCUCUCAAAGGGCACAGAGAAGGCUCUUUCCCGAUUGCAGGAGGAGUUUCCAGCUAUGCAGAUACUUGCAGUUAGUGGUAACUACUGCACUGACAAGAAAUCUGCUGCCAUCAACUGGAUUGAAGGAAGGGGGAAGUCUGUAGUCUGUGAAGCGAUCAUUCCGGCUAAAGUUGUACGAGAGACACUAAAGACCUCCACAUACUCUCUUAUUGAAGUGAAUAUCAACAAAAACCUAGUGGGCUCAGCAAUGGCUGGUUGUCUUGGAGGUUACAAUGCACAUGCUGCAAACAUUGUCACUGCUAUUUAUAUUGCAUGUGGCCAGGAUCCCGCCCAAAAUGUUGGAAGUUCAAAUUGUAUUACAUUAAUGGAAUCGGCUGGCAGUUGUAGCGAAGAUUUGUACAUCAGUUGCACCAUGCCAUCCAUAGAAGUUGGCACUGUUGGUGGAGGGACCAACUUGCGGCCGCAACAAUCCUGUCUACAGAUGCUUGGAGUUCAGGGUGCAAGUAAGGGGAAACCUGGUGAAAAUGCAUGUCAACUAGCAGAGAUUAUUUGUGGAACAGUAAUGGCGGGUGAGCUCUCUCUCAUGGCAGCUUUGGCGGCGGGACACCUGGUGAAGAGCCACAUGACCCACAACAGGUCAAAACUAAAUCUUCAGGAUCUCCCUGGCAGCUGUACAAAGAAAGCAGCCUGAUCACUACAAGAUGUUGCAACUUAAAAGUUAACUGUAAAGACUAACACUUGGACAUUAGAAAGAUGUUUUGGAUUUUUCCUGUAUCAAUUUGAGGGACGGUUCAAUUUUAGGAUUGCUGCUAUGUUGUCAUAUCAGCUUAAGUAAAGAUGGCAUUAAUUGGACAAGAGUUGUACUCGAAGCUCAAAGGUGGCAUAACCUGGAUCAUUCAGCGGUGCGUAGGACUGAGUAUCCCGUGGAAUGUACAGUGGUGAAGAAGUUGCAAAAUAGUGGAUCUUGUGAAUGUUUAUCCCUGUAUAUUUGUACUGUCUUAAGAGGGCUUCUUGUGUCUCUGCAUAGUUUUGUCACAAACUUAAGUUAUUUGUAUUUUUUACGUUGUUUCCAUUUCCAAGCUUGAAUUAACUUGUGGCUUAGGGGAAAGAAUUGCUGGAAAGAACAUGGCAACGACAAUUGAUUAAACGCAAUUCAUGGCUACAGACA